GGAUCACUUAUGGAAUGAUGCAAAGCAAUGAACCUUGAGUCAUCGCGCCUAAGUCAACUCUUCUUGUUGCUAUAGACGUUCGCUCUGCUCGCAGGGUUGUUUUCCCCAUUUGUGGUUUAGUGUGGGCUGUUGGGCAGGUGAAGCUCCAGUUAUCACAAUUUUCCGAUGAGCGGAUCUAAGCGCGGAAGGAAAUCUGUCAUGGGUCUUGACCUAACAAAUAUCAUUGAUUCCCCACCAGGAAGUGCCGACUCGAGUGGAACUCGCAGAAGAUCCUUGAGAUUACGCCGCAAAUCUACAUGUGCAGUGUCCCAUGACGAACAAACACUACCAUCUAGAAGAUAUCGUCGAAAGUCUGUGAUAGACCCGCAAACUCAGUGGAAUAUAGGGCUUCAAGCUAGAGACUUGAAUUUUCUGUAGCAAUGUUUAUUUUUACAGCAUGGGGUUGUUAGCAGAAUGACAAGGGUUUGAUACUAAACAUAUGUUCAACGUUAAAUUACUUUCGAUGUGCAGGAAUGAAAAUGAGUCAGCACAUCAAUAAAAGACGACAGCACGUGGGAAUAUUUAGGACUUCGCAUAUUGGAUAUUGGAUGGGGUUUCUAUCCUCUCGCUCAACCGAUUUCUCUUAAGCAGCUUCAUUUCUGGUUCACCGAGGUUUAGGAGUGCGUUGGCUGGCGAUUGAAACCGUGUGGACAUCCGAG